ACCGUUUCCGGAAUGCGUAUAAACUUUGCGUAGUCGUCGCUCAGGAAUUGUGGGAUUGUGCAUUCCAUGCAAAAGCUUCACAACACUUGAUGUUGUGAAAAUCAAACACAGUUCACCCGUCCUGGUAUGAAUCGUAUGAACAUGAUGGAACAGGUCCAUCUAGCUGGUGAAGAUGAGGAAGACAUCUACUCUGGAUUUAAUGACUACAACGCCACCUUAGAUACAGAGGAUCUACAACAUGACCCGACCUUCCAGAAGGCGGUGAUGAGGACCAGUCAUGGCCGACGCCCCCCACCUCCUAUCAAGCGUAUGAAGCUGACCAGGACAGCUUCUAGGGGUCUAGCUGUUGGAGGCGCUGGGGCUGGAAUGAGACUUGGAACAGCGGCAAAAGGACGGGCAGGGAUACCGUCCUCCAUGGGCCGUCUUCAGACUGGGGCGGUGGCUGCUGGUGGUACUGACAUGGCCAGACCAAUGACAGCUGUCAGGGCCGCUGGUUAUACAUCUGUUGGGAACAGAGGUGCAGGGUUUGACCCCAUGAACCAAGGGAAUAAAGGGCCCGCGCCUCCUCUGGAACCAAAGCCGGAGGACAGUCCCGAGGAAAAGAUCAGACAGCUGGAAAAGAAAGUAAACACAUUGAUUGAGGAGAGUUGUUUUGCCAACAGUCGAGGAGAAUUCAGUCUGGGCUUGGAAAAGGCAAAGGAAGCUGGAAGGAAAGAGCGAGUCCUGGUCCGUCAGCGAGAACAGCAGUCCAUGGGUGAUCAAAUCAACCUGGAUCUGACCUACUCUGUCCUCUUUAACCUAGCCAAUCAGUACGCUGCUAAUGAGAUGUUCAAUGAAGCUCUGAACACCUACCAAGUCAUCGUGAAAAAUAAGAUGUUCAGCAAUGCUGGCCGGUUAAAGGUGAACAUGGGCAACAUCUACUUUCGACAGAGAAACUUCCCAAAAGCCAUCAAACACUACAGGAUGGCCCUGGACCAGGUGCCAAACUCUCACAAAGAAAUGAGGACGAAGAUUAUGCAGAACAUUGGGAUUGUGUUUGUAAAGAUGGGACAGUAUACAGAUGCCAUCACAUCGUUUGAACACAUCAUGUCGGAGGCCCCGAGCUUCAAGACCGGAUUUAACCUGAUCCUGUGUUACUUUGCCCUGGGAGACCGAGAGAAGAUGAAGAGGGCCUUCAACAAACUCCUAACUGUGGAUCUCAAGGUGGACGACGAGGAUAAAUAUCUCCCUCACGGCGAAGACAAGCACUACAAUCUCAUACUGGAGGUGAUAAAGAAUGAUCCUCUGAGACAGAUAGAGAGACAAAGGAAGUAUGAGGCAGAGAACUGUAUAAAAACAGCAGCCAAGAUUAUUGCCCCAGCGAUAGAAACCUCAUUUGCCUCCGGAUAUGACUGGUGUGUGGAGCAGGUUAAGACUUCCCAGUAUGUGGACCUGGCCCAUGAUCUGGAGAUAGACAAAGCCAUCAUGUACCUCAAACAGAAGGACUUCAACUUGGCCAUUGAAACAUUGAAAUCAUUUGAGAAGAAAGAUUCCAAAGUAGCCAGUACAGCUGCCACCAACCUGUCCUUCCUCUAUUUCUUGCAUGGAGAGGAGAAUGACCUUGACCAGGCAGACAAGUAUGCCGAGCUGGCCAUGUCUUCAGAUCGCUACAAUCCAGCAGCUCUUGUCAACAAGGGAAAUGUUCUAUUCAAAAGAGGUGACUUUGAAAAGGCUAGAGAGUUCUUCAAGGAGGCUUUACAGAAUGACUCAUCUUGUGUGGAGGCCUUGUAUAACCUUGGCCUGUGUAACAAGAGGAUUAACAGACUGGAGGACGCCCUCGACUGUUACUACAAGCUUCACGCCAUCCUCAGAAACAGUCCUCAAGUCAUGUACCAGAUAGCUGACAUACAUGACCAGCUGGACGACACAGCCCAAGCCACAGAAUGGUUCAUGCAGUUAAUAGGAGUAGUACCGACAGAUACGUCUGUACUGGCCAAGACCGGGGAGAUAUAUGACAACGAGGGAGACAAGUCACAGGCAUUCCAGUAUUAUUAUGAUUCAUAUAGAUAUUUCCCAUCUAACAUUCCGGUGAUAGAGUGGCUAGGAGCCUAUUACAUAGAUUCCCAAUUCUGUGAAAAAGCCAUCCAUUACUUUGAGAGAGCCGGUAUAGUACAACCUGCCCAAGUGAAGUGGCAGUUAAUGAUAGCUAGCUGUCAUCGGAGAAGUGGAAAUUACCAAAAUGCCUUAGAAACUUACAAACAUAUACACAGACGCUUCCCUGAAAAUGUAGAAUGUUUAAAAUUCCUUGUUAGAAUAUGUUCUGAUCUGGGUCUUAAAGAAGCUCAGGAGUAUGCUACAAAGUUAAAGAAGGCUGAGAAGACCAAAGAGAUUCGGGAACAGAGGGCCAGUAGUGGAACAAGAAGAGGAAGUGGGCGUGGCCGUAGAGGAGAGGAGACGGAUGAGAGUGGUGGUGGGAGAAAGACUAGCGGCCAUAGGAAAGGUGGCAAGAGACGACCUAACCUGGACGAUGUUGACGACGGCGCCUACCAGAUGUCUGGUAAACAGGAAAUAGGAGAGGAUGUCAAAAACGAUGCAUCCUACAGCGAUCCACUGGGACCCCAAAUGGAAAGACCGAAGACAGCUGCCGUCCGAGGAAUGAAGGCGGAAGAGGACAUGUUCGAUGAAGAAUUGGGAGAGGACAUGUUACCCGGAGUAGAUGAUAUCAGAGUAGAUGAUAUCGCUGUUGGUAUUCUUGUUUGUCUUGGUGUAGAAAAGAUAAAAGAUGCCAAUUGAUUGCUUGUUAGCUUAAUUCCGUCCAGACUUCAGAAUCUCAGAUUACUGUUGACUUUUAAACGCUACCAAACAAAAUGUGAUUUCUAUAUGGACAAUAGUGAUGUAAGAUACAAGCCAUUCUUUCCAACAACAAAAUGGACAAAGUCUGUGAACAAUGUGACAUUGUUACAGUAAUUUUAAGAGUUUCAUUGAAUUGUAUAUAUGAUGUAUUUAUUUAUUAAAUAUUGGUGAACGCAUAUUUGUCAGCUGUGAUACUACAUAUCAGUCAUUAAAUCAUUGUUACAUGUAAACGUGGUCUGUGUUUGUUAUAAACCGUAAAAGGAGCUCUUGUCUAUAUUACUACAUGUAUUACUGUAUAUCCUCACAGAGUUAUUUAUCUCAAUCACAAGUAUAUGUCCAUAGACUACUGCACUCUCUCUUCUUGACAAUCUGAGGGUGGUGUUUUCAAUAUACUCAAGAAAGAAAGGCUCCAGGUUAGAAAUUUGAUCAGUUCUAGAUUGAAAAUUGGCGAACUUGAUUCUGACGUGCCAUUGGCAAGGUGGAAAAAUUACUUGAUUUUGCCCCAAAUAUGCAUGCGCAAUUUCGGCAUGUACUGCUUGCCGUAAAUUCCAGUUGGUUUGGAAGCACCGGCACACAAGAUGGCAAAAUGUUCAACUGCAAAAUUAUAUUAAGUCAGAAGUUAAAGAAUGUCAACUUGUUUUGAGCCUGUCCGGCUAUUUGAGUCAUAUAUAUAGCAAAAUAAGUUGAUUUUAAAUGUUCUACAGCGUUCGAUGAUUACAAUGCUUUUGAAAUAUGUUUAUUGAUGUAUAAAAUAAAUAAAAAUAGAUAUGUUUUGGUCUAUGUCGGCCAUAUUGCAACUGAGCCGCUUUGCUUGAAUGUACAAGCCGGCGGCAAGCUCAAAACCAGUAAACGGCACAAACGGCAAGCUAGAAUCAAGUUCGACAAAUGUCUUUUGUAAUGGAAUAUUUCGCAAAAUUUCUCGCCUGAAAACAAAACAAUCUUGAGUACACCAUAUUUCAUAAGUGUGUUAUGGUGCUGUACAAUUCUGGAUAUUUGUAUCACCGAGGUCACAGACAGGUCACGUAUCUUCCUUCGUCAUGACAAAGUUGAAGAGAAAAUGUAUCAAAAACAAACGUUUCAAAAGAUACUGUACAUCUCUGGAUAAGCACUGUCCCUCUUCGAGUACUAACAGGGUUAGGAAUUUGUUUUAAUUCCUAAAAGACGACUCCCCCAAUUGAUAAAUUUUGAUGCAGUUCUUUGCCGAUCUUCUAAAAAAUUUGGG